GCAGCUUUACAUAACCAGCAAACACUUCCUAAUACCCUAAAAAACCACGUGUUUCUUCAAGCAACCCUAAAAAAACCCUUAUAAAUUGCAGUCUCUCUGCUUACAAUCCAUGUUGUGUAUAUUGUCUCAACUUGUUUCAGCUUGUGUCUAGGGAGGUAUAAACAUGGGUUUUAUGUUUAAGUUGAGCUUGGCGCUGCUACUCUUUCUCUGCUCAGGUAGAGAAAUGAUGGUGAGGUGUGGUUCACCUUUGAAGCUGACCAUUGUGAACGAUUGCCCUUUCACUAUAUGGCCGGGACUGCAGCCAAGUGCAGGCUAUCCAGUCCUGGCCGGAGGUGGGUUUGCUCUGAACACACACAAUCAUGUGAGCAUUGAUGUUCCCAACCAGUGGCAUGGCAGAGUGUGGGCCAGAACAGGGUGCAGUUUCCAUGGCAGUGGAGGCAACUGCCUCACAGGAGACUGUGGUGGAAGACUAGAGUGCAAUGGCUUAGGGGGAGCAACCCCUGCAACUCUUGCCCAUCUCUCACUGCACCACCCACACACUGAUAUUUCCUCCUAUACUCUCAGUUUGGUAGAUGGCAUGAAUUUGCCCAUGACCAUUACACCACAUGGAGGCCAUGCAGGCCCUGGUCAGUGUACUGUGGCGGGCUGCAGGAUUCACAGCCUUGCUAACUUUGUUUGCCCUGAAAAGCUUCAGGUAAGGCAUGGAAGAGAUGUGGUAGCGUGUAAGAGUGCAUGUGAGGCAUUCAGAACAGACCAGUACUGCUGCACUAAUCAGUACAAUAGCCCCAAUACAUGUAAGCCUAGUCAGUUCUCACUGAUGUUCAAGGGUGCUUGUCCUGAUGCAUACACUUAUGCCCAUGAUGACCCUUCUCUCGUUCACCACUGUCCAUCACCCAAUGAGAUCAAACUCAUCUUCUGUCACGCAUAAGGUUCUCCACCCACUGCUGUAAAGCUGUUGAUUAUCAGAUAGGUUUAGUGUAAAAGUUUCAUUUGAAAUGAACUCUCUUGUUAUGCACAUGGUUAGAUCACUCGUUAAUCUUCUAGAAUGGACGUUGAGGUCUCACUUUAUUUCUUUA